GCAUUACAUCUGUAUUUAGCAUUCAAACUAACGAGAAGGAAAUCCUGUUGAAUGCUUCCAUCCUCGUAUACUCGACCAGUGUCCACAAAUCCCACCGAUACUUGACAUGAACAGUAAACGAGGUAACCCUAAGAUUCGCUGACAGAAUCCUUGUCGAUAACCAAAAGAUUUGCCGUUCAACCGUCCGUGUCUUUGAACUGGUAGAAGCACCGCAUCUGGCUCGCUUUAAGAGCGAUCUCUGCCUGCGCCGGCCACUAACAGUCGCCGUUCAAACAUUUGUAGCGUACGAAGCAUCCGCACGCAUCGAAAAGUUCCGUUUUCUCCUACCUGCCUAAGUUCCCGUUACAAUUCCUCUCAUCUUCCCUCUCUGAUGAAAUGGCGCGAUCUGGGCCCUGAAAUCUCGGAAUCCCGAAGCAGAGGAUGGAUUUGAAGGCUCCGGGGACGUGUUCUUGCGGCGCCCUCCGUCUGCGUUGGAGGGAUCUGGGACGUGGGAAGCCGGUAGCGCUGUCGGUGCCGGUGCCAUCUUGGAGGCGGGAGAGGGCGCAAGGCAGGAGACCGAAGCGUUUCGGAUUGUCCGUUAAGCUGGUGAAAGAUGAGAGCUUGUCAUUGCCGCGGGCUUCUUUCUCCUUGACUCCAACUCCUCCCGAGGAGGAGUCCGUAAGGAACCAGAACCUUAGUUUGCUUCCGCUCCCAAAACCAUUGUCUUCAACAGAUGUUUCUGUUUCUGGCCAUAAACCUAACAUACGUGUAGCAUAUCAGGGUUGCCCAGGUGCAUUCGGUGAGGCUGCUGCUCGUAAAGUAUACCCAGAUUGUCAAGCAGUUCCAUGCGAACAGUUUGAAGUUGCUUUCCAGGCGGUCCAACUUUGGCUGGCUGAUAAAGCAGUUCUUCCAAUUGAGAAUUCAUCAUUUGGAAGCUAUCAUCGGACUCAUGACUUGCUUCUUUCUCAUAAUUUGCAUAUUGUGGGUGAGGUGCAAUUGGCUGUUGACCACUGUCUUAUGGCUCUGCCAGGUGUGAAAAAAAAGGAGCUAAAACGUGUCUUAAGCCACCCGCAGGCACUUGGGCAAUGCGAGAUUGCACUGAGCAAAUUAGGCGUCAUUCGAGAGAGUUUUGAUGAUACUGCUGGUGCUGCUCGGUUGAUAGCUUCAAAAGGUUUAGGAGAUGUUGGAGCAAUUGCAAGUGCCCAAGCUGCAGAGAUAUACGGGCUUCAUAUACUUGAGGACAAGAUACAGGACAUCUCUUUUAAUAUUACACGUUUUCUGAUUCUGGCUCGGGAACCCAUAAUUCCAAGGAUUGGCUGUCCUUUUAAGACAAGCAUUGUAUUCACUCUUGAAGAUGGUUCUGGGGUACUGUAUAAAGCAUUGGCAGUUUUUGCUCUUAGAAAUAUAAAUCUGACAAAGAUAGAGAGCAGGCCACAACGUAAACGCCCUCUGAGGUUUGUUGAUGAUACAGAUCAUGGUACUGCCAAGUACUUUGAUUAUCUUUUCUACAUUGAUUUUGAAGCAUCCAUGGCGGAGCCCGGUGCACAAAAUGCCUUGUCCAACCUACAGGUCAGAAAAAAAGAGCCUACUUCUCUGUCUUACUUUAGUUCUUACACUUUUGAGAAAUCACAAUGAAAACCCCUGUCAAGUUGUUGUCGCCGCUGACAUUUUCCUGCAGGAGCUUGUCUACUUAUCCAGGGAUUAGUGAAUUGGAAAAACAUUUACCUGCACUUAUAAAUAUUUCAGAAUAUAUAUAUAUAUAUAUAUAUGCUAGUCUGUGUGAAGUCAUACCAAAGAACAGUUUGGAAAUCCUGGUACAUUUUCUAGGUCCAAGGACAUGAGGUCAAUCUUUAAAGAAAACAUUAGCUAGGGGAUGAAAUUAAUAGAUUACAACAGCUUUUACGAAAACACAAAUUAGAAUAGAAGGAAAUGAUUGCCGGUGGGAAAUAUCAAAGCAUUAACCUAAUACCCAAAAAAAGUGUAACACUCAUCUUUAGAUCAUUCUUUAGCACAAACGAUAACCUUUUUAAUGUUAUUAUUCACUGAGGAACAGUUAAGACGGCGGUUCUGCAGAAGUUUCAGGACACCUUCACCAUUUAUGUCCGUCUUGGUCAUUUUGAAGUAGGAAGAUUUCAUCAUCUAAUGAUAUCAUAUUAUAUUGAAUUAAGCAGACAAUUUUGAUCAUUUAUUUAUCUUGAAAGAUAAACUUCUACUUCUUUCCUUGUUUCUUCAUUGCUAAACCCUUUUUUUGUUGCUUAGUGUUUAAUGACAUGACUAAUAAGUUCAGAUGUAGGAUGGUCUUCUCAUUUUUCUUCAUACAUUUAUCAAGUUGUUUUUUUUCCUCAUUUCAGCGGAGUCUUGAAUGUAAACUUGUAAACAAAUCACUAGUCAAGAUUUGAUAAAAUCAUUUUAGUAGCAUAAACUAUCACCUUCUUCAUGUUAUUAUUCACUGAGAAACAGUUGAGACUGCAGUUGUGCACAAGUGAGGGCACCUUCACCACUUAGUCUAUGAUGACUUGUUGGAAGUUAAAGGUCUUCAUUGUGUUACUCCAUUAACAUAGUUUUGCUUGUGCAGGAAUUUGUUACAUUUCUUCGAGUUCUAGGCUCUUUUCCAAUGGAUAUAACUCUGUAAUAUCUCCAAAGAAAUUUUCCUACAUACAUUACUAAGACAAGGCCCAAUCAAGGUUCAUAUGUCGAAAAUUUAUGCAGAUGAAUGCUCUCCUAGAAGCUCAAAGGGUUCUCUCUAAUGAAGGAUAUGAACAUCCUGUUUCCAGUUCCUUGUAAGUUUUACAUUGUCCAAUCCCAUCAAGAAAACUUGCUCCUAUUAUUCUUUCACAUUGAUUCAUCUAUCUUCAGCUUUGGUGUUUUCUAAAAGAGUGCAGCAAUAAGAAUUGUGUGCCAUUAUUUUCUUGCAAUCUGUGUCUUACAUGGAUCUUCAAAUGGCAACCGUAAGAGAUCCAACGUGUUAGCUAUUACGAUUUACACAUACACAU